AUGCUAUUUGUUCGAUCGCCAAGUAUUAUAUUUGCAUUUACAUGCUCAAUUGUAUCAAUUUCUUUAACAAUUCUAUCGUUUGAUAUUGUUCAUACUCAUCCUCAACAACAAAGUCAACUUCUAAUAAUAUUACCACCAUUGAAUAUAAUAUUUUUAUUUCUAUCUGCGCUAAUAUGGACUGAACGUCAUUUUCGUUUAACCUAUGUGCCAACUAUAUGUUUAUUUAUUUUAUUAACAUCAUCAUUAGCAUUAACAAUAAUAUCAUAUUUAUUAUUAUCAACAUCUAUAAUAUUCUAUUUGAAUUUUAUUUUUUAUUUAUUCUUUAGUAUUUUAUUAAGCUUUAUAAUUCUAACAAUUAUUAUAUCAUUUUUUUGUAGUUUAUUAACAAUGUAUCGUUAUCAGAAUAUGCCACCCGUCGAACAGCAAAAUAACCAACUACUAAAUAAUGAUGUCAUUUGUCAGUUCGAUAAAUUUACAUUAAAAUCAAAUGAAAAAGAAUUUUUUUUAUUUGUAUCAAAAUUACCAUUUGACUCCAUGACUUAUGAUAUGAAUAUUAUUACAAAUAAUUUAAAUCGAAUAGAAGUUGAUACAAUAUUAAUAUUAAAUGAAAUGAAUAAAUCUUCAAACAUGAAUAUGACAAAUGAUAAUCAUUUAAAUAUAUAUUCGUAUUCCAUGCAAAUGACACAAGCAAAUAUUGAACAUAUUAUAUAUCCAAUAAAUUCUCGGUACAUACCUAAAUCAAUCAGUGAUUAUAUGCAAUUUUUAUAUGCGAUUAUAUUAAAUUUCAAUCAGUUUAAUCGUAAUCGUUUAUUUAUUCAUUGUGCCGGCGAUAUGGGAAGAAUUGGUAUGACAAUUGUUUGUUUUGAACUUCUCUAUGAACUCAUUAUGGAUGAGAAUCAACAACAAAGUAAACAAAACCUUAUUGAACGUGUUUGUCAUUAUCCUUUAUUACUUGAUCAUUGUUGUCGAGUAUGCAAAGCGAUUUCAAAUGUAAGAAAAAUAAGACCGAGAGGCAUCAAUAAUCCAUUACAAAUUUUAUAUGUACAUGAAUUUUAUGCUCGUUUAAAAACUGCAUCAUACAUGCAACAGAUCAAACAUAUAGCUAAUCAAAAAUUUACAAUGAGCAAUUUUGAAGAAAUUCAGUGA